CUCUCCUCUCUCGCAAAGUUCAAGUCCUCCUGCCCCUUCCUCGGCCGCAGCAAAACCUCCACCCUCCGCACCCUAUGCACCUCGUCCUCCUCGCGCUACCCGUCGCUCUCGCGUCUCACAGAGCGCGCGACCCAGUGCCCCGUGAUGGGCCCUGCCCUCCAGCUCCGUUCCAGCCAGAUGGUCGCUGGCUACGCGAGCUUCGCGGGCAGCGCUGAAUUCAAGCAGAUCCACGAGGAGAAGGGCGUGUACCCCGUCCCCACCGGAACCAAUAUCGAGAAAUGUCCCCAUGCGUCCAAGGCCCUCGCCGCCGCCCGCAUGGCUGAAGACCUCGCUAAGGUCGCCAAGGACAAGGCCGCCGCUCGCUCUACGUCCAAGGCUGCUGCUGCGUCGGGCUGCCCGUUCCACGCGGCCCAAGCACAGGCAGACAAGCAGGCUCAGCCCCCGCAGAGCAAGGACAAGGAAACGGAGGCCGCUUCGACCGGCGGCUUCGACUACGAGAAGUUCUACAUGAUCGAGUUGGAGAAAAAGCAUCAGGAUGCUUCGUACCGCUACUUCACCAAUAUCAAUCGUCUCGCACACAAGUUUCCCAUCGCACACACCGGUAAUCCCAAGGAUGAAGUCGAGGUGUGGUGCGCAAACGACUAUCUCGGGAUGGGAAACAACCCGAUCGUUCUCGAGACCAUGCACCGUACCUUGGAUACUUACGGGCACGGGGCCGGUGGCACCCGGAACAUCGCGGGGAACACCGGGAUGCAUCUCACACUCGAAGAGGAACUCGCGGCGCUGCACCGAAAGGACGCGGCGCUGGUCUUUUCGUCGUGCUAUGUCGCCAAUGAUGCUACGCUCACCACCCUCGGGAGCAAGCUCCCUGGUUGUGUGUACUUUUCCGACGUGAUGAACCAUGCCUCCAUGAUUCAGGGAAUGCGACACUCGGGCGCCAAACGCGUCAUCUUCAAGCACAACGACCUCCAGGACCUUGAGAGCAAGCUGGCGCAGUACCCGAAAGAGACGCCCAAAAUCGUCGCCUUCGAAAGUGUUUACUCCAUGUGCGGCAGUAUCGGGCCUAUCGCUGAGAUCUGUGACCUCGCGAAGCAGUACGGUGCCUUGACUUUCCUCGAUGAGGUUCAUGCCGUCGGUCUUUACGGUCCGCACGGUGCUGGUGUUGCGGAGCAUCUCGAUUGGGAGGCACAGAAACGCGCUGGUAACAGGCGCGAACCCGUCAGCGGCUCGAUCAUGGACCGUAUUGACAUCAUCACUGGUACUCUUGGCAAGGCAUACGGCGCUAUUGGCGGUUACAUCGCAGGUUCCACGGAAUUUGUUGACAUGAUCAGAUCCUACGCUGCUGGUUUCAUCUUCACGACCUCCCUCCCUCCGACGAACAUGGCAGGCGCGCGCGCCAGCAUCUCGUACCAGCGGGAGUACCUCGGCGACCGCCAGCUCAUGCAACUCAACGUUCGUGAGGUCAAGUCCCGCAUGGAAGCGCUCGAUAUCCCUGUUGUCCCCGGUCCCUCGCACAUCAUCCCUAUCCUCAUCGGCGAUCCCGCCCUCGCAAGGCUCGCGUCCGACACGCUCCUUGCGAAGCACAACGUGUACGUCCAGGCGAUCAAUUAUCCGACGGUUGCGCGUGGUGAGGAACGCCUGCGAUUCACGGUCACGCCCGGACACAACAUCGAACAGAUUGCUCGCCUCGCGCGUGCGGUGGACCAGACUUUCACGGAGCUCGGCAUCAAGCGCACGUCGCAGUGGAAGGCUGAGGGCGGCCGUGCAAAUGUAGGCAUGCCCGACGCGAAACCGGUGCAGCCGAUUUGGACGGACGAGCACCUUGGUCUGGUCGAUGGCACUGCGCCGAAGGUCUUGCACACAGGCCAACAGAGAAUUGUGGAUGCUCGCGCCGUCAAGGUCACUCGUGACAAGUUCAACAACCUCCUGGGUCCUAUGGUUGAGAAAUCGACUGCGAUGAAGGUGCAGGUCGACGUCGCUGAGUUGGCCCUGCAGGCUGAUGCUCUGCAUGUGCCUACCCCGGUGGCGGUCGCUGCCUGAACCGCUCGUAAACACUCUUUUGUCACUUGAUCUGGACUAGCUGUGGAAUUUUUG